AUGAAUGAUAAUUUAAAAAUACUAAAACAGGGAGCCGAAGCGAAACUGUAUAUAUGCAACUAUUUAGGAAAACCGACUCUUAUAAAAGAGAGGUUCAGGAAGCACUACAGGCACCCUGAUCUCGAUACGUCUAUAACUAAAGAAAGAAUAAAAAACGAAGCUCGAUCUAUAGUACGGUGUAAGAGCGCGGGAAUUAAAACACCAUCCCUGUAUCUAGUGGACUUCGAGCGGAGACGUAUAUACAUGCAACAUUUUGAAAGAAGCAUCACUGUUAAAGACUUUUUAAUAUAUUACAAGAAAGUGAACCACUCCGCAGGAGAUAAUAACAGUUUAGAUUCAUUAGUUAAAAGUAUUGGAGAAACAGUUAGGAAAUUACACGACAACAAUAUAAUACAUGGAGACCUGACCACAUCAAACAUGUUGUUGAUUGAGAAGGAGCCGAGUGACGUAGAGGAUGACACGAGAUGGUUGAAUAACAAAAAUAUUGAACUUGUGUUGAUAGACUUUGGACUGUCCUUCAUAGACAGCAGCUCGGAGGACAAAGGAGUGGACCUGUACGUACUGGAACGAGCUCUGCUCAGUACACACAACGACUAUCACAACCUGUUUGAAAAGAUACUUACUGCAUACAAGUGUUACAGCAAGAGUAAUAUUAAAGAAGUAAUAAGCAAAUUUGAAGAUGUACGAGCCAGAGGCAGGAAAAGGACCAUGGGAACAGUAGGUACGAGAUGCGUCCACAUAGUAAAGUCCACAGUAGUGAGCGCCAAGCGGGACUUGCGAGGAUGUCUAAGUUCACAAGAAGCAAUCGAGCGUCGGCAUCAUCUCUUCAUGUUAGAAAAAAAACGUCAACUAGAUAAUGUCGGUCGUAUUGAAAAAAUUGAAGUAAAAUACAUAGGUGUCCCCAAAGACUGUACCCUAGUGAUGAAUAAAGAUAUAUCGACACCUUACGAAUGUGCGAGACAUUUCACUGAGUGGCACAUGGAGAGCAGUGCCCUCGCGUUAGUGGACGGUUCAGUACACUGGGACAUGCACAGACCACUCACAGGGAAUUGUACCUUAGAGUUUCAAAGAUUUAACAUAGCAGAACCACAGCAAGUUAAUAAGGCCUUCUGGAGGACAUGCUCGUUGGUGCUAGGAGCGUGUGCCACAGUGGCUUUCAAAGACUCGGUGCCGGUACACCUGCAUAGCUUCCCCGGACCUGACAUCCGCAGCGGCUCAUUCAUCUACGACAUAGACCUGCCUUCCUUACCUGACUGGAAACCCACACCGCAAGAGCUGUAUACAUUAAGUGCAGAGUAUGUACAGUUAUGUAGAAAAAAGAUUAAUUUGGAACGGCUAGAUGUAUCGGAGGAGCUCGCCUUAGAAAUGUUUGUAGAUAAUGAACACAAAGCAAAGCAAAUACCAAGUAUAGCAAGAAAUAAUGGGAAGGUAACUCUAUACAAGGUGGACAAACACAUUGACAUCUCCAAGGGACCAAUGAUCAGUAACACGGGACAGAUCGGGAAGGUCACCAUCACCUCGGUACACAAGCUGACAGGUGUCGGUGAUCCGCCACAGCUGUACAGGUUCCAGGGCGUGGCGCUCCCUACUGGAGUCAUACUGAACCACUUCGCCUUCUCUAUACUCACAGACAGAGCUAAGAAACUGAAUCCUGCUCGGUCACCGAUAAGUCCCGUCAACGAAGAUCAUUCACAAGACAAAGCCGCGGCUCGAGUGUAA